AUGUCUAUCGUUAAAGUCGAUGCCGAAGCGGCCAAGGUAUCCUUGGAGGAUGUCGUGGACAUCGCUGGUACCGCAGGUUUGAAGCUGUCGGAGCAGACGGCCACAGAUUUCGUCACGCUUGUCAGCGGCCUUGAGGCUGUAAUUGCUAGCUUGCCAGAUGACAGCUGCGUCAUUCCUAUACCGGAUCUCAGUAGGUAUCCUCGUAGGGAUAUUCAUAUGCCCCAAGAUAAUGAUCUAGGCGGAUGGGCAGCAAAGGUCACGGCUCAGGCCGCAGCUCCUACAAGCGACUUGCUCAAGGGACGCACGAUCGCAUUGAAGGAUAACAUCGCUCUCGCGGGAGUGCCCUGCACAAACGGGACAUCGAUGGUAGAGUGGACGCCGAAAGUUGAUGCUACCGUUGCGACCCGUGUCAUGGAUGCUGGCGGCAUCAUCGUUGGUAAGGCUGCGUGUGAAAACGCCUGCUUCGAAGGGCUGUCGGCGACCUCCAUUACUGGCCACGUUCAUAAUCCUUGGGCGAAGGGAUACAGCGCUGGAGGUUCUAGCAGCGGCUCCGGCCGCCUCGUUGGCAACGGUGCUGUGGACAUGUCCAUCGGCUGCGACCAGGCCGGUAGCAUCAGGAUUCCCGCAGCUUCGUGUGGAAUCGUCGGGUUGAAGCCGACAUGGGGUUUGGUGCCGUACACUGGCAUCAUCAAUCUAGAUGCAGCGAUUGACCACGUAGGGCCCAUGACGCGCACAGUAAGGGACUGUGCGUUGCUUCUCGAGGCAAUCGCCGGCCCGGACGGAUGGGAUGAUCGUCAGGCUUUGCUGGAGCGCAGUGGUGAAAAACACAAAUUUGUUGCUUCUGUCGACGACGUCGUGUCGAAACCUUGGAGCAAAAUGUUGGCCGGGCUCAAGGUCGGUGUUCUCCAAGAAGGUUUUGAGAUCGAUGGCCAGGACGAGAACGUAGUUGACUGCGUCCGGGCUGCCGUGAGCAAGUUUGAAACCAUCGGCGCUACAGUGACUUCUGUCUCGAUUCCCGAACACAAGCUGGCGUCCCUUGUGUGGAUGGCCUCCAGUGGGAUCCCUGGUGGACGUCAAGCCCUAUUAGGUGGAAUGGAAGGAAGAAAGCAACUUUACAUGACUGACCGACUGGCCUUGGUUGGUCCCCGUCUUACCCAACAACAGUUCGAUUCUCUAAGCCCUGGUGCGGCCAACUUGUAUCUCAACCACCUCUGGCUCUCAGAAAAGCACGGAUUAUCGCAUCAAGGGAAAUGUAUGAACCUCCAGAAAUAUAUCAGUGACGCCUAUGAUAAGGCGCUCAAAGAGUACGACGUCCUAGUCAUGCCUACCCUUCCCUAUCCGGCCCCGAAGCUCCCUGAAGAUGGCUACAAAGAGGGCCUGCUCAAAUUUGCUAUGAGGACGACAGGGUUAAUCGCCAAUACGUCGCCAUUCGACAAUUCUGGUCAUCCUGCUCUUUCGAUUCCUGUUGGCUUUGUGCCUGCUAGAGAAGAUGCAACUAUCAAACUUCCCGUUGGAAUGCAGCUUGUCGGCAGCAAAUAUGCGGACCUGGAUUGCCUGAAGUUUGCAGCCGCCUGGGAGAAAGCGUAUGAUUGGAAGACCUUUCACAUUUAG